CACAAGAAUUAUUAGAAAGGGGGAAACCAAGGUUGGGGCAAUCCAGAAGAUUUGUGUCCAUUUUCGGUGCAAGCUGCUUUAUAUAAAAAGGCAGCAAGUUGCAACUCAAUGCUCAACACUCGCCAAUCCCGCCCCGACCUUGAUCACCAGUAGUGCACUCUCAGCAAGGUCUUAUUCUCAGCAAGAUCUUAUCCUCAGCGAGAUCUUAUCCUCAAAUUCCAAUCUCAUCAUGAGACUAUCCACACAAAUGCUCUCACCUGGUGGAGUUGCCCUAGUCUUGCUCAGCUUGCUCAUUUUCCAUACGACAGCCAGUGCAGAUGCACCACCCCGUGUUCACAGGAAGAAUCAAGGCAACAGUCGCAUACAGCAAGACGAACUGGCAUGGCCUGAGUUGCACAAAAUGAUCGGCGUUGAUUAUCGACCAGAUGGCUCCUCAAAGCUGGGCUACGGACAGAGCCAGCAGGUGGAAUUCGAAAUCACGGGCGUUAAAGAUGAUAAUAAGAAUCCUUCUUCGACAAGAUCAAGGCAGAAGUUCAAGAGUGAAUUUCAGUCUAAAGACAGAUGCCUACUGUUCGUGGACGAGUUUGAUAAGCUGGACAACUCGGUUUGGAGGCACGACCUUACCUUGACAGGCGGAGGCAACUUUGAAGUACAGGCGUACAUUAACAACCGCACAAAUACCUUUGUGAAGGAUGGUAUUUUUUACAUCCGCCCUACGUUAACCGAGCAUCGCAUUGGUGCUGAGGCUCUUCGCGAAGGUGGGGUUCUUGAUAUGUGGGGUACGGAUCCUGGAACCCAGUGCACAGGCAAUUAUGACUAUGGCUGCUAUCGGGUAGCCGGAGCUGGAGGUAACAUUCUGAACCCGAUCCAGUCUGGGCUUGUUCGAAGCGCCAACAGCUUCAAGUUCCGGUACGGAAGGGUUGAAGUGAGGGCAAAGAUGCCAAAGGGCAAGUGGAUUUGGCCUGCAAUAUGGAUGCUACCAGCGCACUAUCAGUAUGGAGGUUGGCCUGCUAGUGGUGAGAUUGAUUUGGUCGAGUCCCGAGGAAAUGGCCCUGAUUAUCCUGGAGGAGGAUAUGACAAGGUUGCUUCGACUCUCCAUUGGGGUCCAUCAUUUGAAUUUAACAGGUACCAGAUGACUCAUGCAGAAUAUGCGCUCCCUGACGGAAAGAGCUUUGCGGACGACUUCCAUGUAUUUACAUUGGACUGGCGGCCAGAGGGUAUCAAGACAUUUGUGGACGACAAUCUGUUGCUUGAUGUGUCUUUCGAUGACAUGUUCAAGAAGGGGAACUUCCCUUCAUGGGUCGACAAUCUGUGGGCUGGGUCCAAAUCAGCGCCCUUCGAUCAAGAGUUCUAUUUGAUGAUGAACGUAGCUGUUGCAGGAACUGCAGGGUACUUUCCAGACGGGGUGGGCGGCAAACCUUGGAACGACAAGUCACCGCAUGCAGUGAACGAGUUUUAUGCAGCCAAAGACGACUGGUAUCCGACCUGGGGUUCAGAAUCAGGAACAGAUCGCGCCCUUGCGGUAGAUUAUAUUCGCGUGUACAAACACAGCUGUUCGGCACAGAAGUAGUAAUAAACAAUUCUUGGACUUUA